GAUGUUUGCAUCCCUUUUUGUGUACAAAAUGCAAUCAAAUUAUGCGUAAAUCUGGACUUACUUAACGCGAAAAAAUCAACACCACUGCAGUUCAGUCAUAGACAAAGCACAUACCUCAUGACAUUCCCACAUCAAAUUCCAUCAAUUGCAUUGGCAAUUGGAAUAAUUUCUGUCGUAUUCAUUUUCGAAAUUCCAGUCUUCCCAGAUCAAAGAGAUUCCAAUAAAGUUUCCGAGUUGUCGAAAUUUAUCCUCUGCACGGGAUCAUGUCUCCUUCUUCUCAGGGAAUGGAAGUCUCAGAAAAAAACAACUCCCAACUUUUCCAACGUCACGGGUGGUGGUCAUCGGUACUUAGGUCUUGCCUUCUUCCUCUUCUACGAAACAUUCCUCGCGUACCGACUGGUCAACCAGUUUCUGUACGUAUUCAUUGCACCCGAUUGUUUUGGAACAAUGCCUGUCCUUGAAGUUAUUGUGCAGAUGUGUCUCGCCAUGGGGCUGAUGGAAUCCUUGUAUAAUAAGCAGAAAUACCUGCCGAAUUCUUGCUCAACGUCUUAUUACACGUGGAGCAUCGUGGGGGCUACGUCUCUCUGCCUCGCCUUCCACCACAUCGUCGACGAAGUAAUUUUGACCCAGAUCGAGAGUUCCAUACUGAAUAAAACUGGCGUAGAUUUUCUACACGAAUAUCCAAUCCAAUCAUGGUCGCUACAUGUCCCUCAACUUUUCCAAAAGAGGGUGAUGUGUCUCCAAUAUGAUGCAUAUCGAGAAACAGCCCAUUACAUUAUUCACCUGCUUCCCGUCGGUGCAGAGUUCUACUUCCUCUCGGCAUUCUUCUGCGCAAACAAGUGGCAAGAAUUGGGUUAUAACAAUGAGAAAGAAAAAGGUAGAAAAUCAUCGCCGGAUUUAAUUUUGAAUCAUAUUUCAAACACAUGUCCAAAACAAAUAGUGCUACGAAGUCGAUCAAACUCAGUUCCAAGUCGGCCUCUGAAAUUGGCGAGUCCACAAACAACGUCUGCGCAAGUAUUGGAAAUAGAAAUGGUCAGCAAUGAACCCAAGCCAUGCAAAAAGGCAUCCUUACCCUUUAAAAUCACCACUCUCGUAACUUGUGUAACGAUAGGCAUCUUUUUACUGGUAACGAUAUCGCUAUUCUGUGCCCUUAUAAGACGACAGAAUUACCUUGAAGCCAUAACAUCGUUUGUCGCUCAACAUUUCAUCUUACAAGCGACAAUAUUGUCCCUGGAAAUUUUCUUAUUUCUGUUAAAGCUUAGAAAUUGCGGUUCAGCAACAAAUCCGUCUCAUCAUGCCCACGAUUUGGACAAGCUUCUCUUGAUUUGUCCUCUACUUCCGCUAGGUAUCAUUAUCACACUCCGCUUGCUCCCUGAUAUCAUCGGGAUUCCGAUAAAUUUUGAGGGCCCUCUGGUGGGAAACGCUUGGAAAGCUUGCAGCAUAUUUUUGGGUCUGUUCCUUUGGGGUCAGGUGGCAUUUCAAGCCUUCUUCAUUUCUCAGCUGCUAAAUACGCCGAAACAGCGGAUUUGUAAAGAUAAAUUGGUGAAGUUUGCAAUGUUAGUAUUAUUCCUGCUCAAUUUCGGAGUUUGGUUGAGCUGGACAUUGGAAGUGAAGCAGGUUGCGAUAUGUGGCAGGUCUCGACAGAUAUUCGGAGAUUUAAAUUGGGCAAUCUUAGUGUUUUCUACAGUUCCAUUCAUUCUUUUCUGUUUUGGACAUUCCGCGGCUAGUUUCUUUGAUUUGUACAUUUCGAUAAGAUAGUUGUAAAGGAUUGGUAGUGAGUUGAUCACAUUUGUACCCGGCCAGGGCAUUUAUUUCAUGCCCUCUUAAUUUUUGGGCAUUUGAGUUUAUGUCCUCAUAAGUCCAACGUGUAUGAAAUUUAUAUAUGUACAGAUAUAUGGAGUAUGCCUAAAAUUCCGGGCAUUUAUUUAAUCAUAGCACUGAAUAUACAUACUUGUAAGACUUUUGAAAUAAAUUUUAUAUAUGUUUAGAUUAAUAAA